AUGGUACCAAGCGAUACAAAUAACCCAGAUGGCCACACUGAUGCCCUUGCUUCGGACACUAUUAUUGACAUUGAAUUUGCACCUCAAAUAACUUCGGAAGUGGAGCCGGCAGAUCCAUCUAAUGAACGUCCAGAAAUGGAAACUAUCGACCCAACCCAUGAGGCUCAUACCUCAAACGCGCAUCAUACUUUAUUAUCAACCCUUCACAGUGAACAGCCCUWGGAGGAACCUACAGAAUAUCACGAACUCCAUCUCAAUGACUCUAAAAUCAAGCCUUUCUUCGCUGUGGACAUGGAUGAGCUCACAUUGGCCUUUCGAAAAAGGGGUAUUUACAACGAGCAGGAAAAAGAAAAUGAGACGUUUCAAGCCCCAACACCAGUUAGGCUUGUUCGUCCAUUAUCCAAGAUUGUGACAUUAGCUCCUGGGAAUGGAAGCAUUCUGACACCCUCUUCCUCGCCAUGUGAAACACCACUCGCCUCCUCAUCAUUUGAAGCACCGCUAUCUUCCACCCAUGAUGAAGAUAAAGAGAAGCUUUCCGUCAUAAAGGAAAGCUUGGCUGAUACCAAAAAUACGAUGCUCGAUAAUCUUAAAUCUCUCGUAGAAAGAGGUCCAGAGCUUGAGAAUCUCCAACAGCAGUCAGUUGACCUCGAAAGAAAGACCAGCGUCUUUAGGAAGAGAGCAAAAAAAGCUGAAAAGAAUAUAUGGAUAAAGCGUAUGUCUAUCAAUUACAUUGUGUACUCCGUGCUAUUGAUUAUUUUCAUUGUUGGCUUUGUGGCUCUGUUGAAAGUUUUUGAUUUUAUUAAAUUCUAA